AUGUCAGCUUCCAUCAAGCAACCCAACAUCAUCACUUGCAAAGCUGCGGUGGCAUGGGGAGCUGGAGAAGCAUUGGUGAUGGAGGAAGUGGAAGUGAGUCCACCACACCCUCAAGAGAUCAGAAUCAAAGUGGUCUCUACCUCUCUCUGCCGCAGUGACCUCACUGCUUUGGAUUCUCAUGCUAUAUUUCCUCGGAUAUUUGGCCAUGAAGCAUCAGGGAUUGUUGAGAGUGUUGGAGAGGGAGUGACUGAAUUUCAAGAGGGUGAUCAUGUUCUCUCAGUGUUCACUGGAGAAUGCAAGACAUGUAGACAGUGUAUGUCUGGAAAAAGCAACAUAUGCCAGGUAUUGGGGUUGGAAAGGCGAGGCGUAAUGCAUAGUGACCAAGGAACACGCUUCUCGAUCAAAGGGAAGCCUGUUUAUCAUUAUUGCGCAGUUUCAAGUUUCAGUGAAUACACGGUGGUGCACACUGGAUGUGCUGUUAAAAUUAGCUCUGCUGCGCCUUUGGAGAAAAUAUGCCUUCUUAGUUGUGGUCUAGCUGCAGGUCUCGGAGCAGCUUGGAAUGUUGCUGAUAUAUCUAAAGGAUCAACUGUAGUGAUUUUUGGUCUCGGAACUGUAGGCCUUUCUGUCGCACAAGGUGCUAAAAUUAGAGGGGCAUCUCAAAUAAUCGGUGUGGACACCAACCCUGAAAAAUGUGACAUAGCAAAGGCUUUUGGGGUAACUGAGUUUAUCAACCCAAAUGACUGCAACGAACCUAUCCAACAGGUUAUCAAGCGCAUGACUGAUGGAGGGGCAGAUUACUCAUUUGAAUGCAUUGGAGACACUGGAAUGAUUACAACUGCAUUACAGUCUUGUUGUGAUGGAUGGGGAUUAACAGUUACUCUUGGUGUACCAAAAGUUAAGCCCGAAGUAUCUGCUCAUUACGGCCUAUUACUUUUUGGAAGAACAUUGAAGGGCUCUUUAUUUGGAGGAUGGAGACCAAAAUCAGAUCUUCCUUCAUUAGUAGACAUGUAUAUGAAGAAGGAAAUCCUGGUAGAUGAGUUCAUUACGCAUAAUCUGCCAUUCGACGACAUCAACAAAGGUUUCGAACUCAUGAGAGAAGGGAAGUGUCUACGCUGUGUUAUCCACAUGCCAAAAUAA